GCCCCGCACGCCGCCAGAGCGAGCCACGGGAGCCUCUCCGCCAGCUCCGGCGGGCAGCGGGCAGCGGGAGCGCGGCGCAGCCCCAUCGCCCCGCACGGCGGACCAAGCUGGAAGCCGAGCGCCGUCGCCGGAGGCGGCCGACCGAGGCAGGUGCUACCCGCGGCGCCAUGGACCAGCUGCGUCUGCCGCCGCCGCCGCUGCUGCUGCUGCUGCUGAUGGGGGUGUCCUUUGGAGGUGCCAGGGAGACAUGCUCCACGGGACUGUACACCCACAGUGGAGAGUGCUGCAAAGCCUGCAAUUUGGGUGAAGGUGUGGCCCAGCCUUGCGGAGCCAACCAGACCGUGUGUGAACCCUGCCUGGACAGUGUGACGUUCUCCGACGUGGUGAGCGCCACGGAGCCGUGCAAGCCGUGCACGGAGUGCCUGGGCCUGCAGAGCAUGUCGGCUCCCUGCGUGGAGGCGGAUGACGCCGUGUGCCGCUGCGCCUACGGCUACUACCAGGACGAGGAGACUGGCCGCUGCGAGGCGUGUAGCGUGUGCGAGGUGGGCUCGGGACUCGUGUUCUCCUGCCAGGACAAACAGAACACAGUGUGUGAGGAGUGCCCAGAGGGCACCUACUCAGACGAAGCCAACCACGUGGACCCGUGCCUGCCCUGCACGGUGUGCGAAGACACCGAGCGCCAGCUACGCGAAUGCACGCCCUGGGCUGACGCCGAAUGCGAGGAGAUCCCUGGCCGAUGGAUCACAAGGUCUACACCCCCGGAGGGCUCCGAGAGCACAGCCCCCAGUACCCAGGAGCCUGAGGAGCCUCCAGAGCAAGACCUCGUAGCCAGCACGGUGGCAGAUAUGGUGACCACUGUGAUGGGCAGCUCCCAGCCCGUACUGACCCGAGGCACCACUGACAACCUCAUUCCUGUCUACUGCUCCAUCCUGGCUGCUGUGGUUGUGGGCCUGGUGGCCUACAUUGCUUUCAAGAGGUGGAACAGCUGCAAGCAAAACAAACAAGGAGCCAACAGCCGGCCAGUGAACCAGACACCCCCGCCGGAGGGAGAGAAACUGCAUAGCGACAGCGGCAUCUCCGUGGACAGCCAGAGCCUGCAUGACCAGCAGACCCACACACAGACGGCCUCGGGCCAGGCCCUCAAGGGUGAGGGCAACCUGUACAGCAGCCUGCCCCUGACCAAGCGCGAGGAGGUGGAGAAGCUGCUCAAUGGCUCCGCGGGGGAUACCUGGCGACAUCUGGCAGGCGAGCUGGGCUACCAGCCUGAGCAUAUAGACUCCUUCACCCACGAGGCCUGCCCAGUCCGAGCCCUGCUGGCCAGCUGGGCUGCCCAGGACAGCGCAACGCUCGAUGCCCUUUUGGCCGCCCUGCGCCGCAUCCAGAGAGCUGACAUCGUGGAGAGCCUGUGCAGCGAGUCCACCGCCACCUCCCCAGUGUGAGCUCACAGACCGGAAGUCCCUGUCCAGCCCCUACAGAGCUGACCCCUCCCCUCUCCCCAGGGGUGGCCCGACAGUCAGAGCCGAGCUCCUCUGUGCAGGGCCUCACUCGAUCCCCAAACCAUAGCCCUGUUGCUGCUCCUGAGGGGGCCCUUGCUUCUGACCAUGCUCCCUCUCCAGCGAGAGACAGGACCACCCCAAGCCUGUCUUGCCCCCUUGGCCUCUCAGGCCACUCCUCCCUUUCCCAACACCUUAGCUGUGUCAGAUCUUGGGGGUUUGACACCAGAAAAGGUUAACAGGGGUACCCCAGAGACUCAGGAGGCACUGAAGAACCAGAGCCAUGGACUCCACACUGUGAACUGGAGAACAGGGGGGUAUUGUGGUAGGCUAGACCUUCCUUAGCCCCCUCCCUUCUCCCCUCUGGCCAAAGAUGAAGAGGAUUAUAGGCCUAUCUGAGCUGAAGGCAGGUUUGGAAUCCGGUCCACACUCCCCUGUUACACACAAGACCGUACAGCCCAGAGAGAGGCAGGGCCUGGUCUAGGCCACCUGGCAACAUGGAGAUCAAACGUAGGCUAACACUCUCCUUUCUGAAUGAGGGCAUCAGGUGUGCUUGAUGGCAGGGAUGGAGUAGCUUUCAGGGAAGUAGCUGGAAGCCAAAUCUACUUCACCCUCUACUACUUCCAGGCCCCAGCCCAACUGUUGUACAGACAAAGUUUUGCCAAGACCUGGUCCCUUGGCCCCUUCUGAUGGAGUCGGGCUAAAGGGCUUGGGGAGUGGGAUGCUGCCUUCCUCUGCCUCUGUCAAGCUUAUCCACAUUUGUGAAGGAUGUAUCGGUUAAUGCUCUCGUUCUUAGCGUAGGCCUGAAGCCAACAUUAGCCCCUAGAAUCAGCCCUAGGGGUCAGGGACCAAGGACUCCCACCCCACAGUCCUAACACCACACACACACACACACACACACAUGAAAAGAUGUUUCGAAAUUUUU